AUGCAAUUUAAGGAUGUAGACGAGCAAAUGCUCAAUGUGCAGAAUAAGAAUUCUGCAUAUUUCGUGGACUGGAUUCCGAAUAACGUGAAGACAGCUGUUUGUGAUAUUCCACCGCGAGGGCUCAAAAUGGCCGCCACAUUUAUCGGUAAUUCCACUGCCAUCCAGGAACUCUUCAAACGAGUUUCCGAACAGUUCACAGCAAUGUUUCGACGAAAAGCUUUCUUGCACUGGUACACUGGUGAAGGUAUGGAUGAAAUGGAAUUUACAGAAGCGGAAAGUAACAUGAACGAUUUGGUUUCCGAAUAUCAGCAAUAUCAGGAUGCAAGUGCCGAUGAGGGAGUUGAAGAAGUUGCCGAAGCUCCGGAAACCGAAUAA